AUGGGGUGGUACUCUGGCCUAGUUACACCUGAAGGCGGAGUUAUUGCUGGCCACUUCGUCCCGGGCAAUACCUUGGUCGGCAUCAGUCAAUACGCUGCAUUCAGAUCGCCUCACAACUCUGCCUGGCCCGACGAGUUUGCUCCAGAGAGAUUUGUCGAUUCCGAUCAGCCAGCAUGGUUCCAUGACAAACGGGACAUCCUACUACAACCGUUUCUUUUUGGACCGAGAAACUGCAUUGGCAGAAAAUAG